AUGCUGUCAAAACAAAAAAUAGGACCAAAAGUGUGGGCCGGCACCUUGACCAGGUCGCAGGAAGGGGGAACCGGCUUUCGCCGCGCGCCUGGGCAAUUAAUCGAUGGAGGCGCAGCCGGCCAUGGCGGGGUUCCCGCUCCCGCACAUGCUCUACGACGGCCGGUGGAUCACGCGGCCGGGGUUCCCAUUGCCGCACGAGAUGAUGAGCGCCACCAGCCAGCUGGGGUCGCCUUCGCCGUCGUCGGCCAUGGCGCCCCGGGCUCCGCCAGCGCAGCGGGGGAUCAGGAGGAGGAGGAGGGCUGUCCGUGGUGGAUCAGCGACGAAGAGGAUGAAGAAGACGAAGGGUUGUCCGUGGCGGCGUCGGAGAGGGCGAUCGAGGAGCUGAGGAAGACGACGGCGGGCGAGGCGAGGGAGCAGGGCUGCUCGGUGUGCAUGGAGGACUACUUCGAGGCGGAAGAAGAGAGGAUCAUGGCCAUGCCGUGCGGCCACUCCUUCCACCAGCGCUGCAUCUUCGAGUGGCUCGAGCUCAGCUGCGUCUGCCCGCUCUCCCGCUUCGCGCUGCCCACGCACCAGGAGACGAUCAUAUAUACGUAGCUAGUAGUAGCAGAUGCAUGUCCGGACCAAUAUUAAUCCACUGUCUAAAGAUCUGAACAACAUGCAGAUCUGAUUGUUAGCCUCCGAAAAUCGUUUGAUCAUCAGUAUAAUUCCCUCCGUUCCUUAGAGA